AUGUGGGGGUACUUGUGCUUCCUAUGCCGCCCCCCAGGGCCUGAGCCCGGGACCCAGGAAGCCCCAGGAGGUGACCCCGAGGCAGCAAGACCCCAGAGAAAGGGUGCGAGUCCCACAGACGACGGUGCAGCACGCCAGGCUAGGCUCCUGUUAGGAGGGGGUGCCUGUGCCCAGGCAGCGGCUCAGAGGCAGCUGCUCCAUGCAGAACUGAAGCUGGUCCUGCAGAAGAAGGGAGAGAGGAGGCAGGAGCCUGGGGCCCAGGUGACUCCUAGCAGCGCCAUGGAGGUGAGGAGCCGGAGUGCUGAGGAGCUGAGGCGGGCGGAGUUGGUGGAGAUCAUCGUGGAGACGGAGGCGCAGACGGGGGUCAGCGGCAUCAACGUAGCGGGCGGCGGGAAGGAAGGAAUCUACAUUCGCGAGCUGCGCGAGGACUCGCCCGCAGCCCGGAGCCUGAGCCUGCAGGAAGGGGACCAGCUGCUGAGCGCCCGCGUGUUCUUUGAGAACUUCAAGUACGAGGACGCACUCCGCCUGCUGCAAUGCGCCGAGCCGUACAAGGUCUCCUUCUGCUUGAAGCGCACUGUGCCCACCGGGGACCUGGCGCUGCGGCCUGGGACCGUGUCUGGCUACGAGAUCAAGGGCCCACGGGCCAAGGUGGCCAAGCUGAACAUCCAGAGUCUGUCCCCUGUGAAGAAGAAGAAGCUGGUGGUGCCUGGGGCCCUGGGGGUCCCUGCAGAUCUGGCCCCCGUUGACGUCGAAUUCUCCUUCCCCAAGUUCUCCCGUCUGCGCCGGGGCCUCAAGGCCGAGGCUGUGAAGGGUCCGGUCCCAGCUGCUCCCGCCCGCCGGCGCCUCCAGCUGCCUCAGCUGCGCGUCCGCGAAGUGGCCGAAGAGGCCCAGGCAGCUCGGCUGGCUGCCGCCGCUCCUCCCCCCAGAAAAGCCAAAGCGGAGGCCGAGGUGGCGGCGGGGGCCCGCUUCACAGCACCCCAGCUGGAGCUGGUUGGGCCUGGGCUGCCAGGCACAGAGGUGGGGGUCCCCCGGGGCCCGGCCCCUAAGGGACCGGGGAAGGAGGCCGCCGCCGCAGAAGCAGCCACUGGCUUUGGCCUCCACCUGCCAACCUUGGGGCUCGGAGCCCCGGCGGCGCCCGCUGUGGAGCCCGUGGCUGUAGGGAUUCAGGUUCCCCAAGUGGAGCUGCCCGCCUUGCCCUCGCUGCCCAGUCUGCCCACCCUGCCUUGUCUGGAGACCCGGGAAGGGGCCACGGCAGCACUGACGGUGCCCACCCUGGACGUAGCGGUGCCUUCGGUGGGGGUGGACUUGGCUUUGCCGGGCGCGGAGAUGGAGCCCCAAGAGGAGGUGCCUGAGGUGGCCCUGAAGAUGCCCCGCCUCAGUUUCCCCCGCUUUGGGGCCCGAGCAAAGGAAGGAGCUGAGGUCAAGGCCAAGGGCAGCCCUGAGGUCAGGGUGAAGGGGCCCAGACUUCGAAUGCCCACCUUCGGGCUUUCUCUCCUGGAGGCCCGGCCCACGGCCCCUGAAGCCGUGGCUGAGAGCAAGCUGAAGCUGCCCACCAUCAAGAUGCCCUCCUUUGGCCUCGGGGUCUCGGCACCUGAGGUCAAGGGGCCCGCCGCCGUGAAGCUCCCCAAGGCCCCUGAGGUCAAGCUCCCAAAAGUGCCGGAGGCGGCCCUCCCGGAAGUGCAACUCCCAGAGGUGGCGCUUCCCAAAGUGUCGGAGAUGAAGCUGCCGAAGGUGCCCGAGAUGGCCGUGCCCGAGAUGCGACUCCCAGAGGUGGCGCUUCCCAAAGUCUCGGAGAUGAAGCUGCCGGAGAUGGCCGUGCCCGAGAUGCGACUCCCAGAGGUGGCGCUUCCCAAAGUCUCGGAGAUGAAGCUGCCGAAGGUGCCCGAGAUGGCCGUGCCCGAGGUGCGACUCCCAGAGGUGGCACUUCCCAAAGUGUCGGAGAUGAAGCUGCCGAAGAUGGCGGUGCCCGAGAUGCGACUCCCAGAGGUGGCGCUUCCCAAAGUCUCGGAGAUGAGGCUCCCGAAGGUGCCCGAGAUGGCCGUGCCCGAGAUGCGACUCCCAGAGGUGGCACUUCCAAAAGUCUCGGAGAUGAAGCUGCCGAAGGUGCCCGAGAUGGCCGUGCCCGAGAUGCGACUCCCAGAGGUGGCACUUCCCAAAGUCUCGGAGAUGAAGCUGCCGAAGGUGCCCGAGAUGGCGGUGCCCGAGAUGCGACUCCCAGAGGUGCAGCUGCCGAAGGCGCCGGAGAUCCCGCUGCCAGAGAUGCAGGCGCCAAAGGUCCCAGAGGUGCAGCUUCCGAAGGCGCCCGAGGUGAGGCUGCCCAAGGCUCCAGAGGCGCAGCCCAAAGCUGCCAGGGCAGAGAAGGUGGAGGGCGUGGAAUUCAGCUUCAAGAUGCCCAAGAUGACCAUGCCCAGGUUCGGGAGGGCGGGGUCCCCGUCACGAAGCAAGCCAGGCGGGGCAGGGGCUGAGGUCUCAGGGAAGCUGGUGACGCUGCCCUGUCUACAGCCAGAGGUGGACAGCGAGGCUCGUGGGGGCGUCCCCUCCCUCACGCUGCCCUCGGUGGAGCUGGACCUGCCAAGAGCACUCAGCUUGGAGGGGCAGGUCCCGGCGGCUGAAGUGCGCAAGGUGGAGCGAGCAGAAGGCAAGGUGGCACAGGCAGAGGGCAAGGUGGAACGGGCCGAGGGCAAGGUGGCAGCCGGGGUUGGGGAAGUGGCCUUCCGGAUGCCCUCUGUUGAGAUCGUCACUCCACAGCUGCCCACAGUGGAAGUCGAGGAAGGGAGGGUAGAGGUGAUGGAGAUGAAAGUCAAACCCACCUCCAAGUUCUCCCUGUCCAAGUUUGGACUCUCGGGGCCAAAGGCGGCCAAGGCAGAGGCUGAGGGGGCUGGGCAAGCCACCAAGCUGAAGGCAUCCAAGUUCGCCAUCGCGCUCCCCAAGGCUCGGGUGGGCACUGAGGUUGAAGCUAAAGGGGUCGGGGAGGCAGGCCUGCUGCCCGCUCUCGAUCUGUCCAUUCCGCAGCUCAGCCUGGAUGCCCAUCUGCCCACGGGCAAGGUGGAGGUGGCAGGGGCCGAUUUCAAGCUCAAGGGUCCCAGGUUUACCCUGCCCAAGUUUGGGGUCAGAGCCCGGGACACUGAGGCUGGAGAACUAGUGCCAGGGGUGUCUGAGUUGGAGGGCAAGGGCUGGGGUUGGGAUGGGAGGAUGAAGAUGCCCAAACUGAAGAUGCCCUCCUUUGGGCUGGCUCGGGGGAAGGAGGUAGAAAUCCAGGGUGGGCGUGUUAGCCCGGGAGAAAAGGCAGAGUUGAUGGCUGGACAGCUUAAGAUCCCCGAGGUGGAGCUGGUGACUCUGGGGGCCCAGGAGGAAGUGGGGGCGGAGGGGCGGGUGGCCAUCAGCGGGGCACGGCUAUCAGGCCUGCAAGUGUCCACAGCCAGGCAGGCAGGCACCGAGGGCCAGGAGGGGGUGCUGAGGAUGCCCCUGGGCAUCUCCCUGCCUCAGGUGGAGCUGACCGGAUUUGGUGAGGCUGGCCUGGGGGCCACCUCGGGGCAGCAGGCUGAGAGGGCAGCCCCUUCAGCAGAGGGCACAGCAGGCUACAGGGUGCAGGUGCCUCAGGUGACCUUGUCUCUGCCUGAAGCCAAGGGGGAGGGGGGUGAGCUGUUGGUGGGAGAGGGGGUCUUCAAGAUGCCCACUGUGACAGUGCCCCAGCUUGAGCUGGAUGUGGGGCUGAGCCGAGAGGUGCAGGUGGGCGAGGCAGCCACAGAUGAGGGUGGGCUGAGGCUGAAGAUGCCCACCCUGGGGGCCAGAGCUGGGGCUGGGGUCGGGGGGCCUGGAGACCAGCCCCCAGGGGGCGACCGGUCCUUCCACCUUUCCCUGCCCAACCUGGAGCUCUCGCCUCCUGCCAUGGGCAGCCACGCUGAGUACCAGGUGGUAGAAGGUGAGGGAGACGCCGGACACAAGCUCAAGGUUCGGCUGCCCCGGUUUGGCCUGGUGCGGGCCAGGGAGGGGGCUGAGGAGGGCGAGAAGGCCAAGAGCCCGAAACUCAGGCUGCCCCGGGUGGGCUUCAGCCAGAGCGAGGCUGUUGCUGGGGAAGGCUCCCCCAGCCCUGAGGAGGAGGAGGAGGAGGAGGAAGAAGAGGAGGGCAGCCGGGAAGGGGCUUCUGGUCGCCGUGGCCGCCUACGCGUUCGCUUGCCUCGCGUGGGCCUGGCCACUUCUUCCAAGGCCUCGCGGGGGCAGGAGGGCGAGGCAGCCUCCAAGUCUCCUGGCGGGGAGAAGUCCCCCAGGUUCCGGUUCCCCAGGGUCUCCCUAAGCCCCAAGGCCCGGAGUGGGAGCCGGGACCGCGAAGAGGGUGGAUUCCGGGUCCGCCUGCCCAGCGUGGGGUUUUCGGAGACAGGGGCUCCCGGCCCCACCAGGAUGGAGGGGACUCAGACUGCUGUCAUCUGAAGCCCCCCUCCUGCCGCCCCACCCCCCACCCCUUUGUGUGUGAGUUAACCAGCACUAACCCUCGGAGGGCAGGAGCGCGGAGGUGUCCUGCCUGGCUCAUUGGCAAGAGCGUCUAUUUUGCCAAGCCAUGUGAAUAAAUA